AUGUUUCAUCAAAGAAAGAUUAAUCUGGACCUGCUGCAGGCCUUCUACCGCUCUUCAGUGGAUAGCGUGAUCUCCUACUGCCUGGGUGUGGGGUAUGGAGGGACCACAACUGAGAACCAACUGCCUUCAGGGACUCCUGUUACAAGCUGUGAUUCAUGUCAUGAUGAAGCCACCUGCUUGGAGUCACGAGAAAGAGGUGACACCUUCACCGGUCACGCCCUCUCUUGUGUCUGUAAAGGUGGUUUUGUAGGUGAUGGCCUCACUUGCUAUGACCCAAAAGUUUGCAGUGACUCUUCUUGCUGUGACCAAGGUUACCACUGGUCCUCAGAGAAGGGCUGUGUGGACACUGAUGAGUGUUCCCUCCCAAACUCACCGUGUACACCACCUCAGAUUUGUCACAACAAACCGGGAUCAUAUGAAUGUCUGGAGACUUCCUCCAAGAGCAGAUCAGCUGUUUCUUCCCAAUCUGUCCUGUUCUACUGUAGAAACACAGUUUGUCCUUCAGGCAUGGACUGCAUCAACUCCCAAUGUGUGGACCCCUGUCAGAACUACACAACACUGAAUGAUGACUGGCGUUCAACAAAUAACACAAAUACUGAGGUCCUACACUGUGAUCAAAAUAUAAACUGGGAAGGCUGGUAUCGCCUGUUUCUGGACCAAACCAGUGCUCGUAUUCCAGAGAGGUGUGUGGAAUCAAACAGGUGUGGAACCCAUGCGCCUUUGUGGAUAACACAACCUCAUCCCACAGGGUCAGGUGAAAUUGUAAAUCGCACUGUGUGCAAUGUUUGGAGUGGCAGCUGCUGCUAUUUUCAGUCACACACCAUCCAUGUCAAACUUUGCUAUGGAAACUACUAUGUCUACAAACUUGUGAAGCCAUUUAUGUGCAACCUUGCAUACUGUGCAGAGGUGAACACAACUACACCGGUUUCACCUACCACAACACCAGUGGGAAACAGCACAGCAGCCGAGGGGGAGGUCCGUCUGGUUAAUGGAAACAGCUCCUGCUCUGGCAGGGUGGAGAUCUUCCACAGUGGACAGUGGGGGACAGUGUGUGACGAUGCCUGGGGCCUGGUGGAUGCUCAGGUGGUGUGCAGACAGCUGGGCUGUGGCAGGGUCCUCUCAGCACCAACAAACGCACAAUUUGGACAGGGCAACGGACCCAUCUGGUUGGAUGAUGUCGCAUGCACAGGCAACGAAUCAAAACUCUCCGAGUGUCACCACAGAGGGUUUGGAUCUCAUAACUGUGGCCACUCUGAGGAUGCUGGUGUCGUCUGUGCAGUCCACCUUUCAUCUGAAGUACCUCCCAUAGACAGUGUUCCUUCUUUUGGUUUUCUAUUAGCUGCUUCAUCAGUGAGGCUGGUCAACGGUCAGAACCGCUGCUCUGGCAGAGUGGAGAUCUUCAAUGAUGGACAGUGGGGCACAGUGUGUGAUGAUUUGUGGGACAUGAAUGAUGCCAACGUGGUGUGCAGACAGCUGGGCUGUGGAAACGCUCGUUCAGCACUGCAAAAUGCAGCUUUUGGACAGGGCAGCGGACCCAUCUGGUUGGAUGAUGUAGCAUGUUUUGGAAAUGAAUCAUCAAUAACUGACUGCAGACACAACGGGCUUGGAGUCCACAACUGUGGUCAUAGCGAAGACGCCAGCAUCAUCUGUGAAGUCGAGGGCGAGGUCCGUCUGGUUAAUGGAAACAGCUCCUGCUCUGGCAGGGUGGAGAUCUUCCACAGUGGACAGUGGGGGACAGUGUGUGAUGACAACUGGGGCCUGUCGGAUGCUCAGGUGGUGUGCAGACAGCUGGGCUGUGGCAGGGUCCUCUCAGCACCAACAAACGCACAAUUUGGACAGGGCAACGGACCCAUCUGGUUGGAUGAUGUUGCAUGCAUAGGCAGCGAAUCAAAGCUCUCUGAGUGUCAACACAGAGGGUUUGGAUCUCAUAACUGUGGCCACUCUGAGGAUGCUGGUGUCGUCUGUGCGGGUAAAUAUGAUCAUGUGCAGCUGGUCAACGGUCAGAACCGCUGCUCUGGCAGAGUGGAGGUCUUCAAUGAUGGACAGUGGGGCACAGUGUGUGAUGAUUCUUGGGACCUGAAUGAUGCCAACGUGGUGUGCAGACAGCUGGGCUGUGGAAGCGCUCGUUCAGCACUACAAAGUGCAGCUUUUGGAGAGGGCAGCGGACCCAUCUGGUUGGACGAUGUAGCAUGUUUUGGAAAUGAAUCAUCAAUAACUGACUGCAGACACAACGGGCUUGGAGUCCAUGACUGUGGUCAUUAUGAAGAUGCCAGCAUCAUCUGUGAUGCUGCUUCAUCAGUGAGGCUGGUCAACGGUCAGAGUCGCUGCUCUGGCAGAGUGGAGAUCUUCAAUGAUGGACAGUGGGGCACAGUGUGUGAUGAUUUGUGGGACAUGAAUGAUGCCAACGUGGUGUGCAGACAGCUGGGCUGUGGAAACGCUCGUUCAGCACUGCAAAAUGCAGCUUUUGGAGAGGGCAGCGGACCCAUCUGGUUGGAUGAUGUAGCAUGUUUUGGAAAUGAAUCAUCAAUAACUGACUGCAGACACAACGGGCUUGGAGUCCACAACUGUGGUCAUAGCGAAGACGCCAGCAUCAUCUGUGAAGUCCAACCAGGAAUCAACAGCACUGUUUUUCCAACAACACCAAGGCCGCAGAACUUCACCACCACACAUGUGACCGCUAACAUCACUACCACAACACCAGUGGGCAACAGCACAGCAGUCGAGGGCGAGGUCCGCCUGGUUAAUGGAAACAGCUCCUGCUCUGGCAGGGUGGAGAUCUUCCACAGUGGACAGUGGGGGACAGUGUGUGAUGAUGCCUGGGGCCUGGUGGAUGCUCAGGUGGUGUGCAGACAGCUGGGCUGUGGCAGGGUCUUCUCAGCACCAACAAAUGCACAAUUUGGACAGGGCAACGGACCCAUCUGGUUGGAUGAUGUCACAUGCACAGGCAACGAAUCAAAGCUCUCUGAGUGUCACCACAGAGGGUUUGGAUCUCAUGACUGUGCCCACUCUGAGGAUGCUGGUGUCGUCUGUGAAGCUGCUUCAUCAGUGAGGCUGGUCAACGGUCAGAACCGCUGCUCUGGCAGAGUGGAGAUCUUCAAUGAUGGACAGUGGGGUACAGUGUGUGAUGAUUUGUGGGACCUGAAUGAUGCCAACGUGGUGUGCAGACAGCUGGGUUGUGGAAGCGCUCGUUCAGCACUACAAAAUGCAGCUUUUGGAGAGGGCAGCGGACCCAUCUGGUUGGACAACGUAGACUGUGUUGGAAAUGAAUUGUCAAUAACUGACUGUUUACACAACGGGCUUGGAGUCCACAACUGUGGCCAUAACGAAGAUGCCAGCGUUGUAUGUGAAUUCCAGCAGCCUCCACUCCAGACUUCACAGUUAAUUUGUGGCCGUGAUAAAAUCCAAGUAGGUCUGCAUAUGGGCAGCAUGUCAUCCUCUGGUUUGAACCCCUUCUCCGGCAACCUGGCUUCCAGCAACUGUUCCUGGGUCAGAGUUCGUGAUGAUUUCGUUUGGUAUGAAAUGGAGGCUCGAGCAGGUGCCUGUGGAAAUGUGCUGAGGACCAACAGCACACAUGUCAUCUACUUCAACAGUUUAUUCAUCUACCCUCUGGCUAAUUUGUCCUUCAUGCUUCCUGUGGGUCUUCCCUUCUCCUGUGCUUAUCCCCUGGACACAGACGCCAGCCUGAAUGUAGCUAUCAGGCCAGACCUGUUCACUGGAGGAAUUUCAGGUUCAGGUCCGAAAGCUCGAGCCUCCAUGUCUCUGUUCCGCAACUCCAACUACACUGAGUCUUAUCCACCAGGCCAAGUCUUCCUCCCAGUGGGUUCACCUCUGUAUGUGGGCGUCUCUGUGGAGGACACAGAUCCAGUUUUGGCUGCUGUUCUGGAGGACUGCUACGCCACUCACACACCAAACCCUGAUGAUCCCACACAAUAUCCUCUCAUCCAGAACAAGUGUCCCACUGACCGCCUAAAGGUGUCAAUAGUUGAGAGUGGCUCAUCCCUCCGAGCUCGUUUCUCUGCUCUGCUCUUCCUGCUCCAGGGUCAAUACAGAGACAUUUAUCUUCACUGCAGCCUCAGUCUGUGCAACCAGUGGAACUACAACUGUGUACCAUCGUGCACAAGUAGGACACAUCGCUCUGUUUCCAACUCAGCUUUUAUGAAUCCUGUCACCAUUGGACCAAUUACUUUGGACAAGCCAGCUGAGUGA